CAUGCGCACCACGGUUCUACCUGUCACUGCACAGUACGAGCAGUAAGAUGGAUACAGGGGAGAGUCCUGCCCAGCGGCCAGUCACAUUGGACAUCACAGUGGAAGAUGUAAGCAAGGAGGCCUCAGCUCCAGCCCCUCCUGAGCCAGCCACCAUCCAGACUCCUUCCAGAAGCAACAUCCUACCCCAGGAGGACAGCAUUGACCUGGGUGGGGAGUUUGCCACACCACAGGAGGACAGCAGCGCCACACCCUCAGAGAGCCUGAUGGACAAGCUCAACGACCAAAUGAUGGAGAGUGUCAUGAUUUCGGACUCACCCAAUAACAGUGAAGAGGAUGAUGUAGCUCCCAUUGACUCCUUUCUGGAUGGACCUGAGAACGACAAUGCAGGAGAGACUUCAGGAGACAAAGAGGAGCAAAGUGAAAUUGGACAUAAUACAACUGAGAUUAAAGUUUCAGUAGAGAAACAGGAGGAAGAAGGUUUGGAGGAGAACUUAGAGGAGGACACAACGGAGCUGACAGAUAUACAAACGCAAGUCACGGCUUGUGUUUCACCUCAAGGUGACACCCAGAGUCCAUCUGAUAGUCUGAGUGAGGAAGCAGCAUCUCAGUUAGCCAAAGCGAAUAGCCCAAAAGAUGAGCCUAUACCAGUGUGCACUAUAUUCAGCCAGGGCACACAGCCGAAGUCUCUGGUUCCUGAUGGCUUCCAGCCCACUCUGAUCAAGUCCCCCAGCUUUAGCAUGGGGAGUGGUGGUGGAAGUGAUGGGGCUGUGACCCCCAGCAAGCUGACAGCACCCCUCGUGUGCCAGCCCAGCCCUAGCCUCAGUAAGUUCUUCACUGACAAUGGACAAGCUAAUCCAGCCUCUGACUUCUUUGAUUCCUUCACUGCUCCCUCCUCUUUUAUUUCUGUGUCCAACCCUAAUGCAGACAUUCCUCCUGGCACCAGCCCUGCACCAAUAGCCCCUACACCUGAGCGCCAACUGUCUUCUACCUCCUCCUCCAUUUCCACCCCUGGUGGACCCUUGGACUCUGGUGCUCCCACCCCUAGCUCAGUGUUUGGCUCUGCCCCUGCUGAAUCAACCACAAAGCCCCAGCCUCUUCCAUCUCAGACAGUCCCAGCUCCAACUCAAGCCCCUGCCUCAGCACCAGCCACUCAGCCACAGCCCUUCAACCAGCUCCAGGCUGUGUUUUCAGGGAGUGAUGACCCAUUUGCAACAGCACUAAGCCUGAGUGAGGUGGAUAGGCGCCAUGAUGCCUGGCUGCCCGGUGAGGAGACCAGGAAGGUGUUGAUCUCUGUUGCCACCCAGCAGUACAGCCCAGCCUAUGUAGAGACCAACAGACUCACCAUGCCUGGACUCAAGUUUGACAACCUGCAGGGUGAUGCUGUGAAAGACCUCAUGCUCCGUUUCCUGGGAGAGCAGGCGGCCACGAAACGUCAGGUCCUCACUGCUAACUCUGUGGAACAGUCCUUCAGUGGUCUCAGACAGCUUGUCAGCAGUAAGAACUGGAGGGCUGCGGUGGAUCUGACGGGCCGGCUGUUGACAGCUCACGGUCAGGGAUAUGGCAAAGCCAGCCAGCCAACCUCCCACACCACAGACUCACUGCAGCUGUGGUUUGUGCGGCUGGCCCUUCUCACCAAGCUGAACCUUUUCCAAAAUGCUGAGCUGGAGAUUGAACCCUUUGGCAACCUGGAUCAACCAGACCUCUACUAUGAGUACUACCCAACUGUUUACCCUGGAAGGAGAGGCUCCAUGGUACCGUUCUCCAUGCGGCUGCUGCAUGCCGAGCUUCCCCAGUACCUGGCCAAACCCCAGGAGGCUCUGGACCGCCUGCACAAUCUCAAAACCGUCUGCCUUGCUAUUCUGGAGAACUUGGAGAAGGGUUUGGCUGAGGAUGGCAGCAUGAUCACCUUAACACAGGAGAACAGGCAAGCAUCUCUGAAGCUAUGGAGGUCUCGUCUCAGCCGGGUCAUGUACUCCAUGGCCAACUGCCUGCUGCUGAUGAAGGACUAUGUUCUGGCAGUGGAGACCUAUCACUCCAUCAUCCAGUAUGAACCCCAGCAGUGCGUGCAGCUGCUCAGUGGUAUAGGACGCAUCUUCUUGCAGAUCGGAGAUGUUAAAACGGCAGAGAGGUACUUUCAGGAUGUGGAGAAAGCCUGCCAGAUGAAAGGGAGCCAGCUCAGUCACACCACAUGCGUGCUAAUGAACAGGGCUUUUGUCUACCUCAGUCAGAACAACUACGCUGAAGCACAUGCAUCCUUCACUGAAGUGUUAAAAAUUGACCCAAAAAACCCUGUCGCUAACAACAAUGCUGCAGUGUGUCUGCUUUACCUGGGACGGCUGAAGGAGUCCCUGGGCCAGCUGGAGGGUCUGGUGCAGCAGGACCCUGCACUGUACCUCCAUGAGAGCGUCCUCUUCAACCUGACCACUAUGUAUGAGCUGGAGUCGUCUCGCAGCACCCAGAAGAAGCAGGCGCUGCUGGAGGCCGUGGCCUGUCGGGAGGGGGACAGCUUUAACACACAGUGCCUCAAACUGGUGUAAAAGGCAGGAGGAUACCUGGGAAGAGGACACACACACACACACACACUACUCCACUGUCCUACAGCAUGACAGGGAAUUCAACCUCAAGAGUAGAAUGUACAGGAGGAGGAAAGCUCAAGUUCCUGUAAGAGUGUGGUGACGGGAUGCUUAGUGCUCAGUUAGGUGUCCUACACGUAAGUUGAUGGUAGAUGUUUGGGAGCUGGUUUUAUUGUUAAUAAAUGGAUUGUGGAAAUCCAAGCACAGGCACACAUGUCUGAUGAGCCCACUGGGUGCAUGACACUCACUCUCCACCUGAAGAGUGACCAGUAGUCAUCUAAACAGUUACAACAGAAACAGCUCACACAUACUGGUAGACUGGCCCAGUAGAAAUCCUGCAUGUACACAAGCUGAUGUCAGUUUCAUGUUACAGUUUAAAACAAUAGUCUGACAUUUUAGGGAAAUGUGCUUAUUCGCUGUCUUGUCAAGAAGCAGAGAGGAUCGAUGCCACUCUGACUGUGAGGUUUAAUAUGAAGCUACAGCAGCAGGUACAGCUUUGCUUUUAACGCUCGUCACUUAUCACAUUAUAACCGUUUUAAUCUGGACUAAAAGAAAAGUGUGAAAAGUUGCAGUGGUACAAGUUACAUACUGGAAUAUUUCUUGACCAGGCCCACUGAUUGUUGCUAAGCAACAAGCACAGACUGAAUGAAGUCACUGAACCAGGACAAAAAAUGGGAGACUAAGGGCUGCUAAGACCUGUAAAAUGAAGUUUCAUGUGAUUGACUGAGGUUAUUUCUACAGAACUAUUCACCACCAGAGCAGCAGCUUUGCUUUGUUAACUACCAGCUGUGUGAGCUAUGGUAACUAUGGGAUGUUUUACAUCACACUGGCUCAGCUUUGACAGUGUUUUAUGCUCUUAUUGGUAGCUACGGGUCAAGUUUUUGUUCUUCUACUUUGUGAUGUUUCCUCUUCAUUAUGUGAUGUUUCCACAGCCAGACCUUGUUAACAGAACUGCUGGAAGUCUUUCACUGGAUAACUGACACACAUAUAUGAAGGAAAAUUCUUGGAUAGUAAGAGUGUAAUACAAAGACAUUGGUGAAAACUGAUUGGCCAUGAAUUAUGAUUCCCUUUUUUAUGAAGGUCACACAUUUCGGAGGUAGGAGAUCUUGAUACCUGAGCUUGCUUCUCUUGUGAGCCCUUUGAUAUUGAAAAAAAUGAAUUACAUUUUAAUCAUGAUGUGGUAAUAUUUUGUUAAAACUAAAUAUAAGGGAAGGAUUGUAGCAGGUUAACAAGCUUCACCAUGUUUCUCCCUUUGAUUUUUGUAGUUGUGCUGGUUUCUCGGGGACGGCUGUGUCAAGCACUUCCUUACUGACUAACUUAGCCAGAAAGGCUGCCGAAAACUAGCCUACUGACACCUCCAGCUGUCCAUCACACAACCCACUACCUGGCAGGUUGUGGGACGCAGAGGUCCCUAAAGAGUGCACCAGUCUAGCACCUUCCCUGUAAAACACAGAGUCAGUUGUGCAGGUCAGCUGCUUUCCCUUGUUGUUAGUAUUCAUGCUAAGCCAAGCGGCUGCCUGUAGCUUCAUAUUUAGCAUGCGGACAGAGGGGGAUGUCGAGCUCCUCAGCUGAAUCUCGGAAAGAACGCUAAUAAACAUAUUUCCCUAAUGUUCUUAUACACUUGUGAUAUUUUAGCAAAUAAAUCCUAAUCAACAUCACUACAGAGGAAUCAUCAGAUUAUCCUUUAUUAUGAUCACACACAAAAAAAAACAGAGCACAGAACUGAUGUACAUGACACUACAGUCUGUCAGUAGUUUUUAGGGAAUUACUGGCUCAUAAUGUGAGACUUGAGAUGGGCAUUAUCCUGAGCUCCACUGUGCUUAAAGACUAAUAAACCUCCACAGAAGCCCUGUUUUUAAAGCUCCUUCUUCUGCAGACACGUGUAACAGUGCAUUAACAGUCAGAGACCACUUUCAUUUGACCUGUUUAUUAACUUGUGCAGUAAAACUAAAGAAGCACUUCAGAUUGCAUUGUAUUCUGCCCACUAAACAAAAAUGUAAAAUAGGAUUCCAAAAUUGUACAUAUCAAAGAGAUGAUUUUUUUGUUUGUUUGUUUGUUUGUUUGAAAUGAUUAUAUCAAAGUAACUGUCUUUUAUUGAUUUGUCUUCCACUGUUUACAUAUUGUGCUGAUCAUAUUUAUGUAUAUUAAAAUAAAUUUUGUUUUAUCCUUAAUAAAACUGUACUUUUAAAUCAA